GAGGCCACUGCCGUGAGUCACGGGGCGCAGCUACACCGGCCACCCGCGGGCACACGUAGGCUCUCUCCCACGCACUUGUACUCCCUCUUCUGCAAGCACUUCAUCUCCUUCCUCAGUUUCCCCUCCCCGGGGCCCUUUCGCCCUCACGCACUGUAGAAAUGCCCACACCACAGCAACAGCCACACACUUAGUCACUCGGUUGCCGGUACAGUCACUCCCAGACGUAGCCCACAUUCCUGACACCAGAGAAUCCAUCCCUGCGCUCUGGCUGCCCACCCAACACCUCCGGCCCGGAGUCUCAGCCCCUUUGCCGAGCAAGGCGCGCUUGCUGCCCUUGCUGCAGCACCUGGACCAUGCCGUGUCCCCUGUCCGGAACUCUGCCAACAUCCCUUCUUCAGAGGGACCCCAGCUACCCUUCCUGCCCACCUCCUGUAACUCCAACUUGAGAGAUGUUGGAUGCCAUCUGUCCUCAGCUCCUAGAGUCCCCUGCAGACCACUAUGGCUGGGCUACUGAAGAGGAAGUUUGACCAGCUGGAAGAGGACUUCUUCAGCUCCUCCUCUUCCUCCUCCUCCUCCUCCUCCUCAGGCAGUCUCUCUCUCUCCUCUUCCCCCGGUUCUUCUGUCUUCCCUGCCUGGAACUCAGAUGAGGAGGGACCAAGUGGUCGGACACCUCAGCCUGAUCAGGACUCCUGUGGCCUCCAGAGUUUCACUCCCCCGUCGAUCCUGAAGCGGGCUCCGAGGGAACGUCCAGGUCGUGUAACCUUUGAUGGCAUCACUGUCUACUAUUUCCCACGGUGCCAGGGGUUCACCAGUGUGCCCAGCCGAGGUGGCUGCACCUUGGGUAUGGCUUCUCGCCACAGCACCUGCCGCCUUUUCUCCUUAGCUGAGUUUACAGAGGAGCGGGUCAAGGCACGGCGUGAGAAGCUCCGUCAGCGCUUGAAGGAGGAGAAACUGGAGAUGCUGAGGUGGAAGCUUUCAGUGGCUGGAGUUCCGGAGACAGGGGCAGGCCUACCCCUCACAGUAGACGCCAUCGAUGACGCCUCUGUAGAGAAUGACUUGGCAGUGGCUGUCGCUGGUGGCCGCUUGGAGGAAGUGAAUUUCCUACAGCCCCAUCCACCUCGGCAGCGACGGGCCCUACUUCGUGCUUCGGGUGUUCGAAGGAUCGACCGGGAGGAGAAGCGGGAGCUGCAGGCGCUGCGCCGAUCACGGGAGGACUGUGGCUGUCACUGUGACGGCGUCUGUGACCCUGAGACCUGCAGUUGCAGCCUAGCCGGCAUCAAGUGCCAGAUGGAUCACACAUCAUUCCCCUGCGGCUGCUGCAGUGAGGGCUGUGAGAACCCCAAUGGCCGUGUGGAAUUCAAUCAGGCAAGAGUUCAGACACACUUCAUCCAUACGCUCACCCGCCUGCAGAUGGAGCAGGGUGCUGAGAGCCUGGGGGAUCUGGAGUCUCCCGUCCAGGACAGUCCCAGUGAACAAUCCCUGGUUUCCCCUUUUCCGCUGGCCACGCCCCCUGUGAGCCAUGAGCUGGGAGACAACAGCUGCAGCAGCGACAUGACCGAUUCCUCCACAUCCUCGUCCUCCGGCAAUAGCGAGGCUCCGGACCACCUUGCCCAACCCAGCCUGCCAGGUCCCAGCUUCCAGUCUGGCAUGGAUGAAGAUAGCCUGGUGCAGAUUCUGAACUUCAGUGACUCUGACCUUGGUGUGGAGGAGGAAGAGGAGGAGGAGGAAAGGGGUGUGGGCAACUUGGAUAACCUCAGCUGCUUCCAUCUGGCUGACAUCUUUGGUACCGGUGACCCCAGCAGCCUGGCCAGCUGCACUCACAGCCAGUCUGGCUCUAGCCUUGCAUCAGGCAUCCUAGAUGAGAAUGCCAACCUGGAUGCCAGCUGCUUCCUAGACAGCAGACUUGAAGGGUCGAGAGAAGGCAGUCUCCCUGGCGGCAGUUCUGGAUCCCCUGGGGUGGAGGCCAUGCAGAGUGGCUCUGUGGACCUCAGCUUAUCCUCCUGCGACUCCUUUGAGCUGCUCCAGGCUCUGCCAGAUUAUAGUCUGGGUCCUCACUACACUUCCCGCAGGGUGUCUGGCAGCCUGGACAGCCUUGAGGCCCUCCACCCUUUGCCCAGCUUCUCUCCACCAAGGGAGGCCGGCACUUGCUUCCUGGAGUCUCUCCUGGGCCUGUCAGAGCCGGUUACCGAUGUCCUGACACCCCUUCUGGAGAGCCAGUUUGAGGACACUGCCUUGGUACCUCUGCUGGAGCCCCUGCCAGUGUGAGGACUGAGGUGCCGUCCCUGCCCCCCAGCCCCGUUGCUGCUUUUUGUGUGAUUUUGGGGUUCCCCAAGGUCUGUGUAUGUAACGGUCUCCCAUGAGCUGGUCCUGGCCACGGGUGCUAAAUGCACCCUCUUAUUUUUACAUUAACACUCUGAAUUUAUUUA